AUGAGCUCAAACAGGCAGCCAAAGAUAUUAACCCGUACCAAUAUUAUAGACUUGAUAGCAGAUGGAAGAGCAAUCAUUAUCUAUAAGAACUACGUGUUAGAUUUGACAUCGUGGUUGUCAAAACAUCCGGGUGGGGAUAAAGCUGUCCAUCAUAUGAUUGGAAGAGAUGCAACAGAUGAAAUGCAUGCUUAUCAUAGUUUAGAAGCAGUCAGGAUGUUCAAAUAUUGGAAGAUUGGAGAAAUUAAUUAUUAUUGGGAGAAUUUGUUACCACCAAUUCAAGGUGCAGUAUAUCCUUAUAAUAAAGUAAAUAAAGAGUCAACAUUGGAGAGUAAAAUAGAUGAAUCAAGCACAGACGCUUCAGAUUGUGAAUUAAUGUCUUCGGCAAGCUCAUCAAAUUCGAUUGACUUGAGCGAAGCUAAAUCAAGUUUACCCAAAAGUAAGAAAGAAACAGCGGGUUCGUAUAAAGGAUUAGGAUAUCCAAAAGGAUAUGUCGAACCUAAAGUAGCUCAGAACAUAUCUGUGAUUGACUUGAAAAACAAAGACGAAAUUUUCCCUAUUUUGACUGACCAGACAAUUAUAGACCCCAAAUUACUCGUAACUAAUUAUGAUAAUACAUUAUCUCAGAAAGAUAUAUUGAGUCUACCUGCAUUGGAUUAUAAAACACAACAGAUGUUGCGAGACAAAUAUAAUGAGUUACAUGAGAUAGUUAUAAAGAAUGGGUUUUAUCAGUGUCAUUAUUUUCUGUAUGUUAGAGAAUUGAUUAAAAUUGGAAGUUUAUUCCUUUAUUCCUUUUCAUUCUUUAAAUUGGGCUAUUUAAAAUUAAGUGCCUUUUUCAUGGGAAUGGCAUGGCAACAGAUGACUUUUAUUGCCCAUGAUGCCGGUCAUGUUUCCAUUACACAUAAUUAUCAAAUAGAUAAUAUAUUUGGGAUGCUAAUUGCAGACUGGUUUGGUGGUCUAAGUUUAGGGUGGUGGAAGAGAAAUCAUAAUGUUCAUCAUUUGAUUACUAACGAUCCGGUACAUGAUCCAGAUAUUCAACAUUUACCUUUCUUUGCUGUCAGCGUUAGAUUAUUCGAAGACGUUUACUCGACUUACUAUGAGAAAUAUCUACCUCUAGAUGUGGUAGCAAAAAAGAUGAUACGUAUACAGGAAUAUUUGUAUUAUCCUAUAUUAUGUUUUGGAAGAUUUAAUUUAUAUAGGUUAUCGUGGCUGCAUUUAAUUUUUGGUGAUGGCCCUCGCCAUGGGAAAGCUGCAUGGUUCAGAUACUUUGAAUUAGUCGGCUUAUCAUUUUUCUUUUAUUGGUUUUUCUACUUAUUGGUAUUCAAGUCAAUUGAACUGAACUCGGAUAGAUUUGCAUAUGUUAUGGUUAGUCACAUAACCACAAUGAUAGUUCACGUUCAAAUCACUUUAUCACAUUUUGCAAUGUCAACAUCAGAUUUGGGUGUUAGCGAAAGCUUCCCUCUGAGACAACUCAGGACGACAAUGGAUGUUGAUUGUCCUGAAUGGUUGGAUUUUCUUCAUGGUGGAUUGCAAUUUCAGGCAAUUCACCAUUUGUUUCCAAGAUUACCAAGACAUAAUUUCAGAAACGUUCAGCCAUUUGUUAUUGAUUUCUGUAAAGAUGUGGGGUUGCGUUAUUCUAUUUAUGGCUUCGGAGAAGGAAAUGACUUAGUUCUUGGAAAAUUGGCCGAGAUUGGGAACCAAUGCAGCGUUAUGUUAGAUGCUACAAAACAAUUAAAAAACAGUGAUCACUGA